AUGCUGUGGAUUUUGGAAAGGGCCGCUGGACCCCAUUCUAAAGUUGGCAGCCAAGGGCUAAUAACUGAACAACUCUGGUUCAAUGGUGCUGAGUUGUUUAGGGGUGUCACUGGAGUCACCCCUAAUGCAGCCGAGUAUUGGUUGGAGGCUACCGAGGAGAUCACAAAUGAUCUAGACUGCACUCCCGAGCAAAAACUGAAGGGUAUAGUCUCUUUGCUUCGUAAUAAGGCUUAUCAGUGGUGGUUGACAGUUGAGGAGGUUGAGAAGGCGAAGAUCACUGAGGAUGUUAAGCGUGUGAAGUGCCAGAAUAGGGAUUGUGAGAAAGGUAAGAAUAAGAAGGAUUCGGAUCCCACUAAUUCUGUUCAGAGGCCUAAGAAAAAGGGCAGAUCUGAUGGGCCAGUUAGAGUAGGGACUCAUGUUGCUCCUACUAGGAUUCAGCUAUGCGGUGAUUAUGGUUUUGCUCAGCCUGAAAGGGCAGUUCAGCAGCCACCGAGGGGCUAUGGACAGUUGGUUGAGCACCGAGUCAGUUUGGACUACACAUCUAAGAGGGUCGUUUUGAGGACCAAUGAUGAUAUGGAGGUGAUUGUGAUUGGCGAGCGUCUAGAUUAUUUGUCUAAUGUGAUCCUUGCUCUUGUGGCUGAAAAACUGAAUAGUGAGAUAUUUUUCAGAGUUUUUCCUAAGGAGUUACCGGGUUUACCUUCGAAUCGGGAAGUUGAGUUCAGAAUUAAGCUUCAACCAAGUACAGCUUUGGUGUUUACCGUCCCAUACCGAAUGGCACCGAAGGAGCUUACAGAGUUUAAGGCUCGACUGCAAGAACUUCUGGAUCAUGGUUUCAUUCAUCUUACUUUUAGGGUUAAGGAGGUGGAUGUUCAAAAGACUGUAUUUAAGACUUGUUAUGGACAUUACGAGUUCCUAGUAAUGCCUUUUAGUCUGACGAAUGCUCUGACUGCAUUCAUGGAUCUGAUGAAUCGAGUCUUUCAGUUGUAUCUAGAUCAGUUCGUCGUGGUCUUCAUCGAUGAUAAUCUGGGGUACUCUAAGAUUAAGGAUGAACAUCAUGAGCACCUUAGAGCAAUGCUUCAGAUUCUACGUGAGAAACAGCUUUACACCAAGUUGAGCAAGUGUGAGUUCUGGUUGCAUAAAAUGACUUUUCUGGGGCAUGAGGUUUCUGCUGAGGGGAUCUGUAUUGAUCCGAGGAAGAUAGAGGCUGUGUUGGAUUAG